GAUGGCUCGCCUACACUUCGAAUUUUGCAUCUGACUGACUUGCAUUAUGACCGACGCUACAAAGCUGGAUCUAAUGCAGAGUGCGGUGAACCUCUAUGUUGCCGUGACAAUGAUGGACCACCUGCUGAAGGUGUAGCUGGGGCAGGGCUGUGGGGUGACUACAGAUACUGCGACACACCCAAGUGGCUAAUUAUAAACCUACUUGAGCAUCUGUCAAAAAAUGAAAAGUUUGAUGCGAUCUAUCUGACUGGUGACCUGCCAGCUCACAAUGUCUGGAACCAAACAAGGGAAGACGAGAUUGAAAUUCUGAACGAGAUUACCGCCAUGUUGCUUAAAUAUUUUCCAAAAACAAGAAUAUUUCCAUCUGUUGGAAACCAUGAAAGUGCUCCUGUAAAUAGCUUCCCUCCCCCGUAUGUGACAGGGAAAGAGGCUAUUUCAUGGUUGUACGAUGCAUUCACUAAGGCUUGGAUCGACACAGCUCACUGGCUGCCAGAGGAUACCAGGCCUACAAUUAAACAGGGCGGAUACUAUGCCACAGAAUUCUACCCUGGACUUCUUGUUGUGUCUCUAAACAUGAACAUGUGUAACACUGAAAACUGGUGGCUUUUGAUAAAUGAAACUGACCCAGCAGGAGAGCUACAGUGGUUGAUUUCAACAUUGCAACAAGCUGAGAACAAGAAUCAAAAGGUACACAUCUUAGGCCACAUUGCUCCAGGCAGUGGUGAUUGUUUGAAAUGGUGGAGCUGGAACUACUACAAGAUUGUCAAUAGAUAUGAAAGCACAAUAACUGGACAGUACUUUGGACACACCCACAUCCAGAGUCUAGAAGUGAUGUAUGACUUAACAAACACUUCACGGCCACUUAAUGUGGUCCAUAUGCCAGGGAGUGUUACCACGUAUAAGCACCUUAAUCCAGGAUACAGGGUGUGUUUAAUGGACGGUAACUAUAAUGGAUCUUCAUGGAUGAUGUUAGAUUAUAACAACACCAUUCUCAACUUGACAGAUGCUAACCUCACCAACAAACCAGUUUGGCAAUUUGCAUACAAUCCGAAGGUGGAGUAUGGAAUGAAAAACUUAUUUCCAGAAGAUUGGAAUGAUUUUGUUCAAAGAAUGAAGACAGACCGGCCUUUAUUUGACAAAUUUAGAAAACAUUUGUACAAGUCAAAUGAGCAUGGGUCAUGCGAUGAAUCAUGCAGAGCGGGAAUGAUCUGUUCGCUAGAGUCUGGUCGCUCCAAUGAUGACUCCUUCUGCAAGGAUGCUGAUGUUGAAUUUUACAAAGCAGUCACGUUAUGUUAAUGAUUAUUAUUUAGUAGAAUAUAUAUUGAUAUUAUGAUGUAUACCUCAAAAUCUAAUAGUGACUCUUUCCUGUAAUGUGUAAGCUAAUGCAAUACCUGUAAUAUGUAUUCUAAUACUAUACUGAUGUCAAUGGAGGUGGGGGGAUCAGGAUUUGCCAGACAUCGGGGUAAUUAAGUUGUUCGAAAUAAGUGAGUCUGAGAAUCUCCAACAAAGGUCACCAGUGACCCUGAUGGGUCCAAGAGGGUCAAUACCCUUUAGUGUCUAGAGAUACUAGGUGAUUUUUGGCCAUUUUAAGCUCUUUCUGAUUGUAUUAUGCUAAAAAAUACUAAGAAAUAAAAAAUAAAAAAAAUCUUAUUUGUCCUUGUUAUGGUCAACAUGUUGUGGCCAACAUCAGGGCUUAAGCCUCUCUGCAUCAGUCCCUCCAUCUACUCUGCCACUACCUUUAAUUUCUUUUGUGAAAAUUAUGUUUUAUGCAGCUGAAGAUACAGAAGAUAAAAAUUGAAUAUAAAUUGUAGAUAAAUAUACUGCUGCUCUUCCUACACCAUUUUUUGAAAUGUAUAAUACACCACAUUUUUUUGGUCUGCUGCGUUAGUAAGAAAUUGCAAAUUUGUAAAUGAAAAGUGAAAGAUCAAGGCUGCAGUAACUUGAUGGUUUACCUUUCAGUUUUGUGUUCAAAUGUCAUAAUUAUGCAUUAUCACAACAAAGACCAUUUCCUCAUGAAACUAAAGGCCGCCUACACUGCAGUGUGUGUCUGGCCUAAUAAUAAACAGAAAGAUAGUCUAUGCCUGGUUUGAAUAAGUAGCAACACCGGGAACUAACUGCGUCGCACAACGAUUGUACGACUGUCGGCCGACAAAUCCAAUUCCGGUCCCUAUGAGUGUUAGACGACUCAACACCGUCUGCUGAUUAUCGAUGGCAGUAUGAACGGAUAGUCAUUAAAAACUAUCCGGCGUGUGUCGUGGCGUUGCAUUCUUUAUGGAAUCACUUCGGCCAAGGACCAUCGUGCGCGGUGUUUGUCCGGCUUAAAAUAGCAUUUAUUCAGCACAGGCUUUUGUUGGGAGUCAUUGUUAGCUUUGUCAUCAUAACAAUUGAGUAAAUUUACUUUCCAUUAUGUUGAAUGCACAUUAUAUAUUAAUUAAAGCACAAAAGCCUACUUUAUUCAGUCUUUUUAUGCCAUUUUUAGGCAAAUGUAUUUAACAAUAAGAAUAAAUUUAUAUAUAUAUAUAUAAUAUAUAAACAGUACUUUAUGAUGCAGCAAAAUUAUAGGAACCAGGGGCAGAUCCAGAAUUUUUCAAUCAGGGUGGUGCUGUGGGGGUGGGAACAAUAUUUUUAGAAUAGUAAUUCAGUAUUGCUGUAUUUCAAUACGUAACAUUGAUAUGCAUUGAAAUUUUAAAAAUUUAGUGGCAAAACGGGGGGUGGGGGGUGGGUGGCGUCUACCGUGCACCUACUGGAUCCGUGCAUGCAAACUCUUGGUAUUAGGGAGCCAGAAAUGUGUUGAAAUAUUCAUUAUCUUAUCUGAAUCACAUCUGUGACAAGUAAGAGUGACACUUUAUGUAAGUUUUAAGUUUGUCUAUUUUUUUUUUCAUGUAAAGUGUGUAAGGGUGUGUGGGCAUGUUUGUUUUAGGGGUUUAAGUUCAUGUGAGUGCAUUGCAUAUGACAUACAUGAAUGAAACAUUUAUUUUUUUUUUAAGAUUUGUCAGCUGGUUAUUUCAAUCAGAGAAUUUUAUGAUAUAUUUUUACAAAGAGUGGUAGUAAAUCGUGAAAAUAUUUGCUCGUUCUUCAUGAUAUGAGCAUCUUCAAUCAAUCUCACAUGAGAUGUUUAUGAUGUGAUAUGGAUGCCCAAAUUUAUUGUAAAUUGAUUAGAUGUUAUAUUUUGUUUUAAUUCAUUAUUAUGUAACAAUUUAGUAUAGAACUUUUUCUCUCUUUUCAUCAAAUCACUAUACAAUUAAAAAACCCAAUUUAAAAAGAAUCAUAUCUAGAUAUUUCAGAUGUGUGGGAGUGGGUUGCAUAUUUUUUAUUGAGAGCCAAGCUGAUUAUCUGCUCCCCAUACUAGAGAAAAACUAAACGAUUCCUGUUUAAACUGUGUGUAAUUCAUUUGUAGAAGUCAUAAUUAUUUCACAAGAUUGAAUGAGAACACUAGAGCAAUAACAGACCCUAUGGCGUUUCAAUCAACUUAACUGGGAAAUCAAACGCCAGGAAUACCCGCAUGUCCGACAAACAAAAAUGUUUACGCUGUAUUUAUGUAGAACAUUAGGGGCAGGCCUUGACAGAACGAAAAAUAUUGGCUUUAAAACGAAAAACAAGAAAGUAACAGCAAAAGAAAGGCCCUCUCUGAAAAAUGGACGCUAUUUUUACAUUGCCUAUUGUGUACAUUAUUAUGUUAAAAUAAUUUUCAAAUUUGUGAUGUUUACCAACUUCAAAUGCAUAGUAUGGAGAAAAUUUUUCGUUUGCAUUUUGAUGUUAUAUAAUUCCAAAUGUACAGUAAAAAAUAAUAAUAAUAAUAAUAUUAAGUAGAACAGAAGAUACAAUUAAAAGUAAUGUAAUGUUUGGUGUGAUACUGGGUACUUGUGCGUGCCAGGCAUGUGUUACAUGUUUGGCCAUGUGAGCCUUGUAUUCAAUUUUUGAAUAAAGUGUGCAACACACAUAAAGUUUACCGUA